AUGAUUACUACAGGUGAAUUCUAUGAGCAAAGCCUGGAAACACAGGACCCUCAGGACUCUCUAAGAGCCCUGAUGAAGGAGCGCCUGACUGCGGCCACAGAAGUGAUUUUCUCGUUGUUUGAAAGAACAAUACAUGAGUAUGAGGAGGAACUGAGCCGAUCCAAAGAGGAGACCAACAGGACACAGGUGCUGCUGGACUCUGUGCUCCACCCGAGAGUCAAGCUGCUCCAGGCUGCAGAGACGAGAUCUGAUCCCGGACUGAACCAUAAUCCAAACCAGGAGAUUCCAGGAACUUCACAGAUGAAAGAGGAGCAAGGCGUCAAACAGGAGGAAGAACAUCUGCCAUUGCCAGAGUUUUUUGCUGUUUGUGUGAAGACAGAGGAGUUGUCAGCGUAUCAACAAACUGAGCACAAAGAAAUCGAAACGCUAGGAGAAGACGUAAGCACAGAGCCUCAUUUGCACCCAGAGACUGAGGGAGACACCUCUGAUGAUGAAGAAGUCUGGGGAGCUCCUUUCAGCUGCUCAGACGAUGAAAACGACAGCUACCAAAGGAGUUUGCCCAAAGCGGUGGAUUGA